AUGCCAUUUCAUUGUGAGAGAUGGGAUCGUGCUGGGACACAAAAUCUCAGAGAAAGGGAUCGAAGUAGACAGGGCAAAGAUCGAGGUGAUGAUGAGUCUGCAGCCACUAACAUCAGUCAAAGGAUCCACAGUUUUCUGGGUCAUGCUGGGUUUUACAGGCAUUUCAUCAAAGACUUCUUGAAGAUUCCUAGACCUCUGACGCAGCUGCUGUGCAAAGAUGUGAAACUUGAGUUCGAUGAUGCAUGUUUGGAGGCAUUUCAUACGAUCAAAGGAGCUUUGGUUAGCGUUCCUAUUGUCCAGCCACCAGAUUGGGAACUACCUUUUGAGGGGAUCGAGCAUGGUGUUGCAGAUCACCUUUCAAGGCUGAAGAUUGAUGAUGACAUUCCACUAGAUGACAGCCUCCCUGAUGAACAAGUUUACGCCAUUGAUAUUUUUGGGUUCGACGAGCACCUGCUCCAGCCUGGAGCACCUGCUCUGGCGAACUUUUGCAACUCAGUUGAAGUAACUCGGCAUUCUGGUUUCCCUUGGUUUGGAGAUAUAGCAAAUUAUCUUGCUGCAGAGCAGAAACCUGCAGCUUUCAUGGGAAACAAGAAAAAGAAGUUUCUGAAGGAUGUGAGAUAUUACUUUUGGGAUGAGCCUUACUUAUAUAGGCAUUGCUCUGAUGGGAUUUUCAGGAGAUGUGUAGCUGAUGAAGAGAUACAUGGGAGAUUCAUAUCCAGGUGUGACACAUACCAGAGGCAGAGGAACAUAAGCAGGCGAGAUGAGAUGCCUCAGAAAUUUAUUUUGAAAGUGGAGAUUUUUGAUGUGUGGGGUAUCGAUUUCAUGGGACCAUUUCCAUCAUCUUAUGGCAAUGAGUAUAUUCUGGUGGCAGUUGACUAUGUGUCAAAGUUUGGUGUGCCUCCGGUUGUGAUUAGCGAUGGAGGUUCUCACUUCAUUAACAAAGUUUUUGAGAACUUGUUGAAGAAGAAUGGUGUAAAGCACAAGUUGGCAACCCCAUACCAUCCUCAGAUGAGUGGGCAAAUCGAGAUUUUCAACAGGGAGAUCAAGAACAUUCUGCAGAAAACUGUAAGCACCACAAGGAAGGAUUGGGCGGUGAAGCUUGAUGAUGCUCUUUGGGCAUAUAGGACAGCUUACAAAACACCUUUGGGAACUACACCAUUUCACUUGGUGUGUGGUAAAGCAUGUCAUCUCCCAGUAGAACUCGAGUACAAAGCUGUUUGGGCAGUGAAGUUGUUGAAUUUCGAUGCUAUAAGUGCUCAUGAUAGGAGAGUAAUGCAGCUGCACGAGUUGGAGGAAAUCAGGCAUCUGGCCUAUGAAAACCCAAAAAUCUACAAGGAGAAAACCAAAGCUUUCCAUGACAAUAGAAUCCUCAACAGGAGUUUUGCACCAAACGAUCAGGUGCUGCUGUUUAAUUCUUGA